CGUGUGACCCCCGCUCGCAUCCCCGACCCAACUCCGCCGGCCGCGUCCAUCUCCAACCAAUCCCCGUCGUCUCCCACCGUCUUCCUCGCGCGAGCCCCCACACACGCUCUCUCUCGCCGCCCGUCCAGGCGAGGCCGUGCUGGAUUCUCCCGGGUUCGUUCUCUCCUCCUCCUGUGCUUGCUGCAACCUGAGUGCAGAGAGCAAGCUCGCGCUGGUCUUGGUUGGUUCGUUCCGUCCCUCCCUUGUGGUCGAUCUGACUCCAGUCCCAGGGGGAUCUCGCCUCCUGUUCCUCGCGCCUACAUCGCGCGUCGGCGGAGGGGCUGCGGUUUCUAUUGUGACGCUGAUCCGGGCGGAAAUUGAGGCUUGCUUGGGAUCAAAUGGAAGCAGUCUGGCUGGCACGCCUCCUAGGAAACAAUUUUGCGCGUCGUCGUUUGGAGGUUGCCGAAAAAUCCCCCAUAGUUUUUUGGGCUCGAUGUUUGAAUGGGUCGGGUCGUUUUUUGCUGAGUCUCCGCACAUCGCUGCUCGCUCUGGAAUUGGUCAGAUAGUUGCUCGUUGAUGGGGGGAAGACGGUUAAUCACUUAUCGUUUUCCUGCCUUGCUCUGAUGAUGUGUGCAGCACUCUAGAUCUUUGAGCUUGUUCAGUUCUAACUGCAGCCAUUUGUGUCCUGAGAAUCAUUUAUAUGUUGUGCUAGUGAUCCAAGAACAGUUUCGUCCUUAGCUUGCAGCUCACAGCUUUGAACAGCUGUGUAUGCGUUUUCUAUCUUUCAUGCAUCAGGCAUUGGCUAUCUUUCUAUGAGCUGUUUGCAGCCACGGACCUGAUUGUUUCAUCUACAUUUGCAGGAUUGAUGUUGAUGCCAUCAAUUUAGAGCGAUAUAUCUGAGUUCCUUGGAGGAGGCUAAAGUCCUAUGCUACCUUUCCAAGGUUGUUUCAGGUAAGACCUUUCUGGGAUGAAAGGUGGGUGUCUACAUAGACCUCUUCUCAGAAAACUAUGCCUCGGCCUCGCGGCUCUCCUCACCGUGCUGGUUGUUAUCUUGUCACUGGAAGAAGCUCCAGUGCUCACGAUCUUCAGCUCAACACCAGAAAAGUUGAAAAUUUUAUCUCAAGGUUUCCUACAGCAGGAGCAGCAACUUCUUGCAGAUAGUACUGCUAGACGGAACAAAGAUUGUAAUUAUGCAAAAGGGAAAUGGGUGGCAGACAAGAAGCGGCCACUCUAUUCCGGUAAUGAGUGCAAACAGUGGCUAUCAAAGAUGUGGGCUUGUCGAAUGAUGGAACGUGCAGACUUCUCUUAUGAGAAUUUUCGGUGGCAGCCACAUGGAUGUGAGAUGCCUGAGUUUUCAGGGCCUAACAUUUUGAGGAGGUUGAGGCAUAAAACUCUUGCUUUUGUUGGUGAUUCUCUUGGCAGACAGCAAUUUCAGUCCAUGAUGUGUAUAGCUACAGGCGGUAAAUACAGCCCAGAAGUUGAAGAUGUUGGAUGGAAAUAUGGCCUAGUCAAAGCUCCAGGUGCUUUAAGACCUGAUGGGUGGGCUUACCGGUUUCCAGGGACUAAUUUGACAAUCCUUUUCUACUGGUCUGCUAGUCUAUCUGAACUGGAACCUCUGAAUUCAACAGAUUCAGUGACUAACUAUGCACUGCAUCUUGAUCGUCCAGUUACAUUUUUGAAGAAGUAUCUCCACAGUUUUGAUGUGUUAGUACUUAACACAGGUCAUCACUGGAACAGAGGAAAGUUCAAUGGAAAUCACUGGGAAUUGUACGCUGAUGGGAAACCUAUAGGCAAAGGUAGACUUGCAGAUCUGAACCGUGCAAAAAAUCUUACAUUGUACAGCAUUGCCAGAUGGGUGGAUUCAGAACUUGUGCAGUAUCCUCAAAUGAAAGUUUUCCUGAGGACAAUAUCACCCAGGCAUUUUGUCAAUGGUGACUGGAACACUGGGGGAAGCUGCGGCAAUACCAUUCCCUUGUCUAAUGGAAGUGAGGUGUUGCAGGAUCAUUCAAGUGACCUGCCUGUGGAGAGUGCUGUGAAUGGAACUCGUGUUAAGCUUUUGGAUAUAACUGCUAUUUCAAACCUACGAGAUGAGGGGCAUAUCUCUAAUUCUACUUUCAAAGAAGUUGUUUCACCUUAGCAUUUAACUUAUGGAACUUCUGGCCAUCCAUGUGGAAGCAGUUGACAAUAUCAAGAUGAUAGAAUGCACCCAAAGACUAGAAAUGAUGCUAAUGUACAGUUCGGUUCAGAUUCGUUAGCUGCUGCUACGGAGCCUUGUAGACUAGUCCCCCAGGUACAUCGAAUUUUGUUUUCAUUUUAUUUGGAGUAAAAUGCUACCACAGUCUACAGUUUGCCAUGUGCACCGUAUAUUCUUUAGAAAUACACACGCAAGUUGACCAAACACACACGCUAGUUGACCAAAGUGCUAUAUGCUCUUAGACUUUUUUGAGUUAGAAUUCUUGUUUCAUGUCUGUAACUACAAACUCAUUUCGAAUGUUGUAACAUUUGAAUAGUUUCAUGUAAUCAUUGUAGGGGUUAUACAUACUCCAGAAGAAAUAUAAACAUGGGAUUUGUCCAUUGUGCAAAAUCUGUCGAUUAUCUAUUUGUCUUUUCUCCUAUUGGAGUGAUAUCUUCGCUGUGUUGCUAAACAAACAAAUGAAAUGCUCAGAUUCACAAGUAUAGGGUCUUACCAAACUGAUUGGUUUAUGAAGGUAGAAUGGGAUUUGUGUGAAGAAGAUGCAUAACCAUUUGCCAACUACUGUCACCAGAAGCCUUCCUAUAGGGCAUUCAAUUCACCUUGUAAAUAAUGUAGGGCCAACUGUCUUUCUUCCAUUGGCUGCACUGUCAACAGAACGUACAAACUGAUGACAAACAUCUAUGCCCUCAUCUUUUCCCUUUUAUUUAUAUUUAUA